AUGUCAUGUCGUACUCAGACAACGACUCGGACUCGCGCAUGUACGGCACGCACUCGUUCAACUCGGUCGCCUCGCAGCUCCCGUUACCGCUUCCUUCCGUCGCCUUCAGUCCGUCGAGCUACCUCGCCGCCGGCUCGUACGGUUCGGGCUCGACGACCGCGACCGAUGGAGGCAGGACCGCUUCGGACCCGCUCACCCACGCCGACUCGAGUACGAGCACCGCGACGGAUGCUACGGCCUUCGACCUCCCGACGCCCCCCUCGCAGUUUUAUGGCGACCAGAUCGAUGCGCCGUCCGCCUCGACCUCGCGCAAUAACACCUCGACGACCCCUCUCGACGACCGCUCGUAGCGCCGCUCGUCGACACUCGCCCGCUUGCCCCUCGCUUGUUCUCGUUUCCACUUGUUCGGCCACGUCCCCGCUUCUUCUGAGUAGUACCGUUUCUCGCUUGCCACCCUCAUCCCCGCAUCCCUCGCACAGACUUUGCAUCCCCACUCGCAUCCCCUCGCGCAUCCGCAGACCCAGUAGACCACCCUUUGCCGCUUGA